CAGCAAUUACAAAACCCAACAGCAACUGCCAACCACCGGAAGCACGAACACCACCACAGCACACAAAGCAAGCCAGCACCCAAGCAUGUCUGCGACGAUUGAUAUGGACUGGUACGACGAAGGCGGGGAUGCCGCUGCGGAGAUGGCACAACAGCAGCAGCAUCAGCAGCAGCAGCCCGCGGGGUACGGUGGGCAGCAAGCACAGCAUCGUCACCCCCACCAUCACCAACACCACCAACAACAGCAACCACAGGCAGCACAGUUCCAACCCUUGCCGCAACAGCAGGGUGGAUUGCCACAACCAACGUUCGUUCCCCAGCCGCCUCCCAUCCCUCAGAUGGGGACGGGCGCCACUGGUGGCUCCAGCGGCUUCAGCGGUGGAUUUGGUGGGAUGCAGCAAACGUUCUUCCAGCCCACAGGGUCUAUUGGCUCACAGGGGUCCGCCUUUGCCUCUGACGACGAUGAGGAAGAGCCGCUCUUGCAAGAGCUGGGCAUCAACUUCCGCCACAUUGCCGACAAGACUGGCGCUGUGCUCAAUGUCACGAAGGCGGUCGACUCACACCUCAUGGACGACACAGACUUGGCGGGGCCCCUGGUGUUUUGUGUGGCUUACAGCGCCUUCCUUCUCAUGAGUGGGAAGCUUGAGUUUGGUUCCGUGUACGGCGUGGCAGUGGUUGGCUGUCUUGGCAUGUACACGGUGUUGAGCUUGAUGACACAGUCACCGCACAUAUCUGUGUCGCUGAGUCGCACGGCAAGUGUGCUUGGCUACAGCCUCUUGCCCAUGGUUGGCCUCUCCUCCAUUGCCAUUCUCCUCAGCCUUAGUGGCGUGUUUGGCAGCUUGCUCGCCGCCAUCAGCAUCGCCUGGUGCACCCACAGCGCCUCUAGGAUAUUCACUUCUGUCAUGACACACGGGAGUGACCUCAGACGCGACAGCUAA